AUCGUCUGUCUCAGCCGUAUGUUUUCUCAGGCCACAGAAAAUCCCUGGAGAGGAAUUCCAGUCUUGAGUUUCUCCGGGAUCUUGUUUAUUUUCCCUGAAUUUUUUCUUCUCUCUCACCUACAUGACAGAAACUUGAGAGAAGCUGCACAAAGUCACAAAGCUUUGCUUUCAGUAGAUGCAAGAACACCAUGGAGGAAACAUCAGAAAAAGCUCCUGUUGAGGCUUACGGUAGCGUGAGCUUGAAGCCCAGAGGGUUUAUGCGUCUCAGGAGGACGGCGGUCGUCGCCUUCAUCGCCGGAGCCGUACUGCUGCUGUUUGGAGGCAUUGGAGCUUUUUACCUGUGGAAAGUCACUGAAAAAGAAGCGAUCAGUGCUCACUACAGUAGGAACAUCGAUAUAAAGAUGAUAGAGGAUGAUUCCGAUGCUGGAGAAGGGAAAAUUGUGGAAGUUCAAGACUUUAAAGCUGGCAUCACAGCUGUCAAGUUUCCUGGAAAAGAGAAGUGUUACAUCAAAUCACAAGUCAGAACUGAACUUUCUGAGGAAGAAGAAACUGUGGCAGUAAAAUCUGAAGUGGCGUCUCUGGUUUGGAUUGCAUCUGAAGAACCACUGAAGGACAACAGUUUUCUGAGCCCUGAGAUACUGAGAUUCUGUGGAGAUCUUCCCAUUUACUGGCAUCAUCCUGCAAACGCCAGAGCACUGAGGAAGAGGAGAAGUGUGACGCGGGUGAGACGGCAGAGUACAGGUGGAUUAAACCGACAACAGGCGAGACGUCGAAACUCAACAAGUUCAGUCAGAGAGGAGGAACGGCCGACAGGACCCGAGUAUAACCCUGAGAACCCUUAUCAUAAUCAGGAGGGUUUGGAGGGACACAUGGUAUUCGAUCCCAUGUUGGACCAUCGUGGGAUCUGCUGUACCGAAUGUCAUCGCAGUUACACCCAUUGCGAGCGAGUAUGCGAGCCACACGGGGGCUACUGGCCGUGGCCCUACAACUACCACGGCUGUCGGCAGGUCUGCAGGGUCAUCAUGCCGUGCCGCUGGUGGGCGGCUCGUAUGCUGGGUCUCGUGUAAGGCCUGCGGUUUCCAGCUAAAGUCACAGCAGAUCUGCCCUUAAAGUCCAUAUGAGCUAUAAUGAGGUAUCAAAGCGACUCAAAGCUCUAGUGUAACCAACAAAUGUCAGACAUGGAUGUGUUUUGAUAUACAAAUAAACAUAACUAGCACUAGUUAAGAAUAUGUAGAGUGUUUUUUAGGACUAUCAAAAGAUGCUUUUUAAAUGAUAUACACUUAAAGGUAACACUUUACUUAACAACUACAUUAGUUAUAAUGCUUCCACAGUAUUUAUUAAUCUUAGUGAAUGUUAAUUUCUACAUUUACUAAUACAUUUUUAGAUGUGUUAAAAUUAGUUAAUGCACUGUGAGCUAACAUGAACAUAUGUAUUAACUUGCAUUAAGAAAGAUUAAUAAAUGCAGUGCAGUUAGUAGUUAGUUAAUGCAUUAAUCAAUGUUAACAAACUGUAAAGUUUGUAAACCAUUUUGUAUGAAAACAGUCAUUCAUUUUGCAAUUCUGUUUGGUACCGCAAGUGGCACCAAAAAUAAAUCUUCAGUUUUACGUGAACUUUAUAAAGUGAAAUACAUUAAAUUUAUAAAAUGCAAACUGUAAAAUACUCUUCUACAGCUUCCAGUUCAUUAACAAGUUCUGAGUGGGAUGAAACUAAUAUCAUCUGGUGUCUCAGAGUUGCAACCUAAUUUUUCAAAAUCCUCUGCGUAGGCAUUAAUAACUCAUUAAGCUUAGGCUUGCUUUGCUAUGAAAUAAAUAAGAUAACACGACAGUAAUCGUUUGGCUAAUCCAUGAAUAAACCCACUGCGAUAUUAAACGGUGUGUUCUGCAAGGUUUAAAACACCUUCUGAGCUUUUCAUAAAUGGUUUUAGUGAAUGUCAACUUUUCUCCCACAGGUUUGAAAUGAAAAGCACAUCACUUUGUUUAGAAACAUGUGAGGUUCAAACGUCUGGGGUGUUUUUUUUUCCCCCAUUUAAAUUUGCAAAUAAAAAAUUGGGGAUUCUGACACAUUUAAAACAAAUUUAUGAUGUAAAAUGAAGCAGAAUAUUGCACAUCGUGCACUACUUUAUAACUAAAUGCAUGACAUUGGUCAUGUAAUUUUUUGUGUGCAGAUGGUCAGAUUUUCAUUCAUCGCUCAAAUUGUGUUGCUGAUAAUAAUUUGUAGUGAACAUGUACAGUAUUAAAACACAGGCAUUUUCACUCUUAUGGACCCAUAAAACUCUCUCAUCAUCUUAAACUAACAUGAGUUCUGUGCUACUGUUGCUGAAAGAGUCACCUAAAUAAAAUAUGAUAUUUCAAAUAUAAAAACAA